AAAGCAAGUCAAAAAGUCCAAAAGUCUCCUCAAUCAACAUGACACAAGAUUAUGAUCCCCUCACUAAAAGACAAAAAACCUCACCCAUAUAAUCCCCUCCCCUCUCUUUGUAAACAUUUCAAACACCCAUUUCAUUCUUCGACCUUCUUACAACAAAUACAUAACUUUUUUUCUUUUUUUUUUUUUCAAAAAUAUAAAUAUUUUAAUUAAAUGGAUGCAAAGAGGUGUUCAAGCUAUCUUCCACCUGGGUUUCGGUUUCAUCCAACAGAUGAAGAAUUGAUCAUACACUACCUCAAGAAUCAAGCCAUGUCUAGACCUUGCCCUGUUUCAAUCAUUCCUGAAGUUGAUAUUUAUAAGUUUGAUCCUUGGCAAUUACCUGAUAAGGCAGAGUUUGGAGAAAAUGAAUGGUACUUCUUCACCCCAAGAGAUAGAAAAUACCCGAAUGGGAUCCGACCCAAUCGAGCAACGUUAUCGGGUUAUUGGAAGGCGACGGGUACGGAUAAAGCCAUAUAUAGUGGAGCUAAAUAUGUUGGGAUUAAGAAGGCUCUUGUAUUUUACAAGGGGAAACCUCCAAAAGGCUCUAAGACUGAUUGGAUUAUGCACGAGUACCGUUUAACUGAGUCUAAGCAUCGACCCGUUAAGCAACAUGGAUCCAUGAGGUUAGAUGAUUGGGUACUAUGUAGAAUAUACAAGAAGAGGCAAGUGGCAAGGGUAGAGGACAAAGGAGAGGAUUCAACAUCAGCACAAGGGCAAGUAAGCAAUGAAGGGGGAAGUGAAGAUAGAUCUAGUGAUCAUCAAAUUCAAAACCAACAAGCAAUCAAAUUCCCAAGGACCCAAUCACUUUCUUACUUAUUUGAUUUGGACUAUUUGGGUCCAAUUGCCCAUUUACUAAACGAUACCACUUCAUUUAAUUCAAGCUUUGAUAUCCAAACAAUUAUGGGCCAAAAUGUUGGAUUGGACCCCAUUGUGGGCCCAUUUGGGUCAUACCCCUCUUAUUACAAAUAAUUAGUAUUUGUUUAUCAUGAAAAACGUCAAGAAGAGAGGAAAUUCAUGUGAUUUGUGAAUAGUUUUAGGCCCUCCAAUUGUAUAUACAAUAUAAUUGUUCCUUGAUCAAAUGGGUUGUCUUUUUCAGUAGGGAUUAAUACUAGUUAGCUGAUUUUUUUUUAAUUUAUAUGAAUAUUAGGGGUUGUAAUCAAUUAUUGUAAUAAAUUAAUACUCCUUCAAUUUCCAAAAGUUAGUCUAUAAAAUUGUAACGAGUUAUUUCUUUUUAUUUGUUCAGAUUUC